GGCAAUAGUCUAUACUGAUUUUUUGUUAAUCUUUUUUUUUUAAUUACCGGUAAAAUUUGAAAACGCGCUAGUAAAGGUAAAGGCUGGGGAGUCUUUUAACUGGAAUUCCUAUUUUGGAGAAGGAAAGCGGGAAAGGUGUUGAAAUUAAACACUGACCAGGCAAUAUCAGCAUGGAAGAAAACGAUCAUCGAAACGGAGAGCGUCAAAAUUCGGGUGAAGAGUCCAACCAAGCUAUUCUCCCUCUACAAGCACCUGGAAACCAACAACCUCAUAGAAUCACCAACUUUUACAUCGACAAUAUUUUACGACCAGACUUUGGACGCCGAAAGAAAUUUACUUUUCACAAUGGUGAGAAUAAUGCCGAUGGGGGAGAUAAUAUUUCUCACGUUGCCCCAAAAACUGUGCAGAUAGGUCGGACUGUUGCAGGGGAUGGAUCUUCAGAUUCCCGUCCAGCCGGGGAGCCCAAAAAAGCCGAUAUUGUUGCUGAUGCGCCUCUGAAGCCCCGAGGGGAAACUGGAGACCAGUGCCUAAGCUCGGACUCGGAUAGUUCACAAGCCAGUUCUGCACCUUCGUCCAAGCCCAUGCUUUGGCCAGCCUGGGUGUAUUGUACACGAUAUUCGGACCGGCCAUCAGCAGGGCCAAGAUCUCGUAAACCAAAGAAGACAACCCCACCUAGCAAGGAUGACAAGCGUCCGAGAACAGCCUUCACUGCUGAACAGCUCCAGAGACUAAAAACUGAGUUUCAGACCAACCGCUACCUGACUGAACAGAGACGACAAAGUCUGGCGCAAGAACUCGGACUCAACGAAUCUCAAAUAAAAAUCUGGUUUCAAAAUAAAAGAGCCAAAAUAAAGAAGGCCACCGGAAAUAAAAACUCUUUGGCCUUGCACCUGAUGGCACAAGGACUGUACAAUCACGCCGCAACUUCUAAGGACGACAGAUCUGACAGCGAUUGAUGCUAUAAAUAUGAUGCAAUAAGUAAGGGCCAGUGUACUAGAAUACCAGCAUAAAAAACGUGAAUGGAAGACAUUAUGCUAUAUGUUUCUGGUUUUUUUGCCUCUUGAGCGCUUGAUUUUUAGGCUUAGACCUAUUUGACUUUUGAACUCAUUGACCAUAUGAAAACUGUGCUGAAGUCCAAAGAUUUU